AUGGGUGUUUCCAGGCUUCGGACUGCCUUCCGGCGGUCUUCGACCCAGGAGAGUGUUACUCCGGUUGCCGUCACUGCUGUUGGCGAGAAGAACCAUGAGAUCCCUCACGAUGCCGAGUCUGCCAUGCCGGCCACCCCGGAAAACCCAGAGCUUCCUACCGAGGAUACCCAGCAGGGUGUCAAGGAGCUUGAGGCAGUGACUUUGAGCUGGACCAAGACCACCUUGAUUGCCGUCUUCGUGAACAUCUGGUUCCUCUACUUCGUCAAUGCAAUGCAACAAUCGAUUAAUUACAGUCUGCUCGGCUUUGUUACUAGUGACUUCGAGAGUCACUCCCUGUUGAACGUCAUCUACAUCGUCGCAGACGCCAUGACAGCCGCAGUUUACAUUCCCACUGCCAAAGUCAUGGAUGUUUGGGGCCGUGCUGAAGGAUUCCUUGCCAUGACCAUUUUCGCUACCCUCGGUUUGAUCAUGAUGGCCGCUUGCCACAACCUUCCCACUUUCUGUGCCGCCUACGUGUUCUACAGCAUCGGUUUCGGAGGUAUGACAUACUGCGUGGAUGUCAUCACCGCCGAUGUUUCCAAGUUGAAGAAUCGAGGCUUGGCUUACGCCUUCACCUCUUCGCCCUACAUCAUCACCGCUUUCGCUGGCCCCAAGGCCGCAGAGGGCUUCUACGAGGAUAUCAGCUGGCGCUGGGCUUUCGGUGCUUUCUCCAUCAUCUUCCCAGUCGUGGCUGCCCCUCUCUAUGUCACCUUGAAGAUCAACCUUACCAAGGCCAAGAGGUCCGGACUCGCAGUCAAGGAGCCCAGUGGUAGAAACAUGUUCCAGAGCGUUUGGCACUAUGCCAAGGAGUUCGAUCUUCUUGGUGUGCUUAUUUUCUCGAUCGGUCUUGUCAUCUUCUUCCUUCCAUUCAGCAUUGCUUCGUCCGCUCCUAAUGGUUGGGGAUCCGACUACAUCAUUGCCAUGAUCGUCGUCGGCUUUGUCAUGCUUGGUAUCUUCCUGGUGUGGGAGCUUCGCUUUGCGCCUACACCCUUGUUCGACUUCAGCAUCCUGUCGGAUCGCACUGUCAUCGCUGCUUGUUUGCUUGAUGCCACUUACCAGAUUUCUUACUACUGCUGGAACCACUACUAUACCUCCUUCCUGCAGGUUGUCAACAACCUCACCAUCUCCGAGGCUGGAUACGUCAGCAACACUUUCGACGUGGUUUCUGGUAUUCUGCUGAUUGGUGUCGGUUUCCUUAUUCGCCGUACUGGCCGCUUCAAGUGGCUCCUCUACGGAGCUGUUCCUCUGUACAUCUUCGCCCAGGGACUGAUGAUCUAUUUCCGCAAGCCCAAUCAAUCUGUUGGUUACCUCGUUAUGUGCCAGAUCUUCAUUUCCAUCGGUGGCGCUGUCUUCAUUAUCGUUGAGCAGCUUGCCAUCCUGGCUGCUGUGGACCACCAGCACGUUGCCACUGCUCUUGCCCUGCUCAACGUUGUUGGUACCGUCGGCGGUGCUGCUGGCUCAACUAUCUCCGGUGCCAUCUGGACCAACACCUUCUACAAGGCUCUCGAAAGCAGACUUCCCCAGGAUGCUCUUGCCAGCAUUGGUGAUAUCUACGAGUCCCUUGACAUCCAGAUCAGCUACGCGAUCGAUUCCCCCACUAGAAUCGCCAUCCAGAAUGCCUAUGCCUACUCACAGACCAGAAUGCUUGCAGCUGGUACCGGUAUCAUGGGUCUUUCCAUUAUCUGGGCUCUCAUGAUCCGCAACAUCGACUUGAAGAAGGUUGCCCAGGUCAAGGGUACCGUCUUCUAA